AUGGUCAACUUCCCGCCUCUCCCUCUACGCCGUGCCAACACCAAUCAGACCAUGUUUCAAGGAUUCGAGUGGUAUGUCCCAUCCGACCAGAAGCACUGGCAGCGACUCGACAACGCCCUCCCGAGCCUCGAGGCUUUGGGCAUCACAAGCAUAUGGAUUCCCCCCGCCUGCAAGGCUGGCUGGCACACGAGCAACGGUUAUGACCUCUACGACCUCUUUGACUUGGGCGAGUUCGACCAGAAGGGUGGCAGGGCUACCAAGUGGGGCACCAAGGAGGAGCUCAUCGCUCUGGCAGAGAGAGCCAGGGGCCGUGGCAUCAGCAUUUUAUUUGAUGCUGUGCUUAACCACAAAGCCUCUGCUGACCGUGCUGAGACGGUGCUGGCGACAAAAGUUGACCCCAAAAAUCGGUUGGUGUCUGUGGGAAAGCCAGGAGAGAUCGAAGCGUGGUGUGGCUAUGACUUUCCCGGUCGGGGCUCUGGAUACAGCCCGCUGAGAUGGAACCAAACUCACUUCAAUGGCAUAGACUACUGCCAUCACCUCAAGACCCACGGCGUAUGGAAAUUUGAAGGCAAGGAAUGGGCCCAAGAUGUCGAUGAGGAGCUCGGCAAUUACGAUUACCUCAUGUUUGCAAAUGUCGACCAUAGGAACCCAGAAGUUCGCCAGGACCUGUUCUACUGGGUCCAGUGGCUUGCACAACAAAUCCCACUGGGAGGGCUGCGCCUGGACGCCAUCAAACACUAUUCUGCUUCCUUCCUGAGAGACUUCCUCAGACAUGUGCGUGCCACUGUCGGAAAGAACUGGUUCAUUGUUGGCGAAUACUGGCGGGAGAACCUGAACGUGCUGGCCAAGUACAUUGAGUACAUGGAUCAUUGCCUGUCUCUGUUCGAUGUGAGGCUCGUGUCCAACUUUUCCCGGCUGUCAAGACAUCAGAAUACAGAUCUUCGAAGUGUCUUUGACGGGACGUUAGUCUCGCUGAAACCGAAUAAUGCUGUGACUUUUGUUGCAAAUCAUGAUACGAUGGAAGGUCAAUCUUUAGAAACGCCAGUAGCAGAAUUCUUCGUCCCCCUCGCCUACGCACUCAUCCUCCUGCGUGCAAACUGCGGUCUCCCAUGUGUUUUCUACGGCGAUCUAUACGGUUAUUCCAAGCCAGACGGCAGCGGAUUCGCCCAACCCCCCUUUGGCGAGAAGACCCUCCCGCGGCUUCUCCUGGCCCGCAAGCUCUAUGCCUACGGCCCACAGAUCGAUUAUCUUGACCAGCCGCACUGUAUAGGCUUCACCAGGCAGGGCCAGGCCCCGCACCCCGCCGACGGGGGAUCCUGUACCUGGAAGAGGGCCGGCCUGGCGGUCAUCAUGACGAACGCGCGCGAGUUUGGUAGCAAGGCCAUGUGUGUCGGGAAGCAGCACGCAGGCGAGAUCUGGACUGACAUCCUUGGCGGAUGCUGGGGCGAGGUUAGGAUCGAUGACGAGGGCUGGGGGGUCUUUGGUUGUGCGCCGAGAAGCGUCGCUGUCUGGGUGCAUCGCCAUGCUCCUCGGCGGGACGAGCUGGACAACUUUGUGUUGGAUUGGGACAUCUACCGCCGUGGAGCUUACAGCGGGGCUACUGAGCACGGAGCCGGCAUGGAUGUCGACUGUAUAAGAUGA